AUGGAAGUGUGUAUGACGUUUGCUGCCGGAAGCUAGGUCUUAACGAGCUAACCGAUAAGAAGAAACAACUACUUUUUAUUCAGUUUUUGCUCCUUUGCGACCGCUAAACUAACACUCAGACCAGCUUUCCUACGAUAAAUGAUGUUUUAGUGUCGCUUGUAUUUGAACAUUUAUUUUCUUACAAGAUACUUUAUAGAGUCGGCUAACGGUUAGGACUAACUUGUACAGAAGACACUCGUGCUCUGGGGUAUCCUGUUACUUCUAUAACGUAAAAUAUUUUCUAUAAGAUAUAUAUUUUGUUUUAGUACGCCAGUAUUCAAGAGUAAUUGAAGCCCGGAUCGGCUUAGUGAGUCAUGCACACAAGGUUAAAGUUAGCUUUAGCCUGUCCCUCACUUGAUUUACUAUGUAAUUCUGAUUGGUGCGGGCAGGUGUGGUUUAAUAAGUAGGCCAGAAGUGGGUGAGGAAAAGCAAGUGUAGUCAGGGAGUUGGAAACUUUUUUUGUGUGUGUUUGUUAAGUAAGUUGUGAAGUGACAACAUGCUCCUCUCCUUCGUCGUGCACACGUACUCGCUCCGGUACUGGUUUCCGGCCACCGUCAUGCUGGGCACAGCCCCGGUUUAUUUGCUCUUUUGGGGUGCCUGGCGCAUCCUCUCCACUCUUUUACCGGUCAGACUGUACCACACGUUAGAUGACAGACUGUAUUGCAUCUACCAGAGCAUGGUCCUCUUCUUCUUCGAGAAUUACACGGGAGUGGAGAUCAUCAUAUAUGGCGAUAUACCAAAAAAGAAAGAGAAUGUGAUCUAUAUGUCCAAUCAUCAAUGUACAGCGGACUGGAUCAUUGCUGACAUGUUGGCAAUCAGGCAGAGUGCCCUCGGUCAUGUCAGAUAUGUUCUUAAAGAUGGACUCAAGUGGUUACCACUCUACGGAUGGUAUUUCUCUCAGCAUGGUGGGAUCUACGUAAAACGAAGUGCCAAGUUCAACCAAGAGGCUAUGAUGAAGAAGCUUGUCUCUCAGAAUCAGUCAGGAGCACCAAUGUACCUCGUCAUCUUCCCAGAAGGAACACGCUAUAAUCCCGAGCUCAAGAAUGUUAUCACCGACAGUCAGGCCUUUGCUACGAAAGAAGGGCUGGCGGUUCUGCGACACACACUAACGCCCCGAAUGAAAGCUUCACACAUCGCCCUCGAGACCAUGAGGGGCCACUUGGAUGCCGUGUAUGACGUCACGGUGGCCUACGAGGGAACGCUUGGCGCCGACCGCCAAAGAAAACCAGCGCCUUCAAUGCCAGAAUUCCUGUGCAAAGAAUGUCCGAGAGUCCACAUCCACUUUGAGCGUGUGCAUGUCAAGGAAAUUCCUCCCGAGCCGCACUUCUUCCGCAGGUGGCUGCACGAGCGCUUUGAAAUCAAGGACCGGCUGCUGGCGGAUUUCUACGAGGGUGGUGAUGGAGGCAAACUAUGCAGCUUCCCCGGGGAGGGCAGACGUUCCCCGCUGGGACUCCGCAAAACCCUCCCGGCCGUGCUCGUCUUGGGGGGUCUGACGCUACCUCUGCUGCUGACUGACACCGGCAGGAAGGUGUACUGGAGGACCUGGGUGUACGGCACUCUUCUAGGUUGGCUUUGGGUCAAUUUACUUCCUUAACGUAUGGCUGUAAGGCGCGUAAAAGCAGCGCCUCGUUUCAGUAUUCCGGCACAGGUUGUGUUGCAGCAGUCGAAUACUGCGGUACAAUCACGCAGCCGGCGCACACGCCCACUCAGCGCGUGACUCACUGUGCUGAAAUCAUGCAAAGAAUGAUUCGUCUUGCGUUACUGCUUGUUUUCCUAAAAUUUGCAGACUUUGGGGAAACAACAGUGGAUUUGUUCAAAAGACACUACAUGAAAUUCCUCAGACGAGCCAAAAAUAGUCGCAUAAUCAACUCACCACCCCCAACCUCCCAAUUCGCUCUCAUCAGCCAAACAUGUCCUUGCUUGUUCUUCCUUGUUCCAACAGAAAUUGGCCAAUUUCUCUCUUUGACUAUCUUUGAUGCUAAUAGUCAAUUUAUUCUUCAAAUUGAGUUUAUGAAUUACGUGUUGGUGUUCUAAAUACAAAGUGCCACGUUCCUAAUUUGCACUGAGUUUGUUCUGAUCUUCUUUUUUUUUUUUUUGGUUGAGUCUUGUGGAACCUCCAAAGUCGAACACCAUAUGUGUUCUUUGAUAGGGUUGACUUAAGAAUAACAAAACACUAAUUCCUCAUGUCGAAAAGAAUGUGAGAGGAGAUUAUCGCUUUAAGACUGUCACCAUCAAAUCGUCAGAAACUAACAAUUUGGCAGUGUUUUCAGUUAGAUUUUACCCUCCUUAAUUGUUAUAAAAAUAUCAAUAGCUCAACACUUAAUAAAAAAAUAGGGGGGGGGGACAAUGCGUGCUUUGAAACAUGGAGAGGGAGGGAAGAAACAGCUGUAUGAGACGUGGUUGUGUAAUUUGCUCCGUCAAAUUAGUCCGUACAAGUGAAAUUGUUUUCGCCAGGUAACUUUGGCUUCCUUAUGCUUUCCAUAAGCAUGUUUGUUUGCUCCUAAUUGUUUGAUGUUUGGGUUGUUGUACUUUAGGGGUUCCACUUGAACAUUCAAAUAACUUUGGGUGUGGCGAAUGCAACAUCAUUCUACUUUACGGGACUUGGAAGGGUUUAUCAGUUUAACAACUGCGGCACUUUACACAGUAUAAAUAUUUGGCUUUAAUAGUUCAAAUGAAUGUUGAAUUAAAGCUGUUGAAUAAAUGUUUGCAUUAUGUUGAAGAUGACAAGUUGAGGCAUCAUGAGAAUUAAUCUCAUGAGUGCAUGUCACUAUAAAAAUUGUUCCACUUAUAGCAGGGCUGCAGAAUAUACGAACAGCAGGUUAUAUGCAAGUGGCCAAAGCAUAAGUUGUGGCCUACCAUGCAAAAUAUAAAAAUAAAAUAAAAAAACUUAAAACCCUCAGUGGAAUUGAUAAAAUACGCUCAUAUAAUAUACGAAUCAUAUUUGAUUGUUGCAUCAUAGAUGUGCAUUUAAAAUGACCCUCAGAGGGAAUUAUAAAUAAAGUGUUGUACAAAGUAAAAGAAAAAAAGUAACUUGCCAAAUCUUUGCUGCCACAAUGUUCGACGUGUUUUAAGUUAAGCAAUGUUUACCAUUGCCACUUUGUCUGGAAUCUAUAUGGCUUUACUAGUCUUGAAUGUUUGUUUUCGUUUCCAUGUUACAUGAAAAGAUCUACCUUGCUUAAAGCAAAAAAGCUUACAAAGCCAUGUAAACUCAAAGCCAUUUGUAUUAUACUCUAUCGUGUAAAGCAGUCUGUGAAUUGUCGUUAUGUUCUACUGUGUCUCCUUUUUUCCGUAACUCACUUUGCAAAUUUGCAAUCCCGGAGUUGGUCAGAGGUCUAUUUUAAGGUAAAUGUCAAGUUUUUACACUGUGCUGCAAUACCUCACUCAGUUCAGUCAUCUUCCUCGUUCCUAUAUGACCUUUUUUCAUGAUAUUUUAUAAGAACUUUUAUCCUGUCAGGAAUUGUUUUUCUGUAGACAGCAUUUACAAAUGCCAACUCUUUGCGCAAACGUGUGCCUUCUCUUUGGAGGAGCGGGUUCUCAUCCCUCCCUCAGCUGGAGGGCCUCAGCGGCUCUUUGCAGUGUUGACGUCACCGAGGCGUUCAGCGGCCCCGUGCGCUCACACUCUGCACUUGUAGUGGCCUAUUUUGCUCAGAAAUGCGAUACUGUAUGAUUUACAGGUUUUGACUAAAUGCCAAGUUAAUGUGUUGUGGGUAUGGGUAUAUAGCCUCAUUGGAAUAAAGUGUCCCCCUUCCCUUGGAAAGAUU